AGAGCACCGCUCACUGACACCGGUCAUCUACCAAGGUCGCGUCUCCACCAUCUGCUCCAAGAACAGCGGGAGCGUGUGUCUGUCAUCGAUACUCCAUCUAGCUCUACACCACAUACAACCAGAAUUUGGGUUUCGAAUCCACCUACACUAGUAGAUAUCUACGUUGAUCGAGAAGAGGAACACUCUAGCCCAUGGUACCGCGGCUGUGGCGCCACCCAACAAUAUACCUGGUCGUUAUACUCGCGUGUCUUAUAGGACGGAAGCUCGUGCUCUCGCCGUGGCUGCAACCGCUACCGAAUACCAAUAUGGGUCCCGACGCGGAGAACACACCCGAUGAGGUCAACGUACAGUCUGCGCUCGAAAACCUCAUACUUAUGAAGACAUUGGAUCCGGCACUGCUACCGCAAAGGAACAUCUCCGCAGCCGAAGCAAGCAGCUCGCGACGGUUGGUAUUCGUGGGCGAUGUGCAUGGGUGUCGAGAUGAGCUGGAACGCCUUCUCCAAAAAGUAUCCUUCAACCCCAACAACGACCACCUCAUCUUCACCGGCGACCUCAUCAACAAAGGACCCGACAGUCUCGGUGCAGUCGACCUCGCCCGGAGGUAUUCAGCCUCCUGUGUGCGGGGGAACCACGAAGACCGCAUCCUACGACUACGGCGCAAGUUGAUCGCUCCGAGCGGCGCAGUCGACGAAGAAAAAGAAGACAAGCACAGCGCACGCGACCGCCCGCUCGCGCUGGCUCUCAACGACGACCAGGCGCAGUGGCUGGAGGCGUGUCCGGUGAUCUUGAGAAUUGGUCGUGUCCCCGGCAUGGGCGAAGUGGCUGUUGUGCAUGGAGGCGUCGUGCCGGGUGUGGAGCUAGAGAAGCAAGACCCGGAGAGCGUGAUGACUAUGUUGACUAUUGAUUCUAAGACGGGGGAGCCGAGUUCGAAGAGAGGUCGGGGCGACAAGUGGGCUAAGGUCUAUAACAAACACCAAUCAGCCAUACUCACCAAAUCCAAGCCCAAAGAAAAGGCAGAGGAAGAUAUAACGACCAUCAUCUACGGCCACGACUCGAAGAACUCCCUUUCGUUGAAAAAGUACACCAAAGGCCUAGACAGCGGGUGCGUCAAGGGCGGAAAGUUGACAGCGCUAGUCGUCGGGGCGAACGGACUGCAGGAAAUUGUGCAGGUGAAGUGUGAUGGGUACGAGGGAAAGAAGUGAAGGGGUUUUGAGUUUUGGGUGGCUUUGUUUAGUAGUUAUUACUUUUGUGUUUGAUAGCGAGUUUUCUUUUCACAUAUACGGCAGGUGGUGUUGUUGUGUUGCUUGUGCAUACCGUGCAUGGAUAGAUUAUUAGAUAGAUUGAUCUUUACGGUGGAUUUUAGAUCUAAGCUAGCUAUUGGAUAGCCACCAUGUCAUUUCGCUAAUGAAAUGUCUCUCGCUUUGAUGGUUGGCUGGAGAGAUCUUAUACUGGUCAGGUG